AUGCAAGUCGGAGAAUGGCCGCGGCGAUGGGGCGAAACGAGAGAGCAUGUGACGCGUCUGACAGAGGGGCACGCAGACACCCCAGAAGACGUCGGAGACGACAGACAGGGGCAGAAAACGCCGAGGCAGCGUGCACUCGUCUGUUGUCAACGUGCGAAUCGAUUGAUGCGAGGGAGAGGAGCGGUUUUUGGCGCGCUAUUGGUUCCGCAGCGAAGAGUCGUCUGGCGCGAAGCCAAGGGCGAUUUAGUGAGAGCCCCGAGGGGUUUGAAAUGCAUUUUGAUUUGUUUUUUUUUUCUUUUAGCAAUAUUUCAAAGAGAUUUAGGCUCUUCAUGAUUUGGGUGGCCGAAAAAGUAGCUUGAAAUAUAAAAAUAAACCUUUUUCAAUAAAAUUCUCCGUUGAUUUUUUAUGAUUUUUUUUUGUUUUCCUUUUCGUCCUGAGAUUUCUCUUCUCACAUACAGCAUUCGAAGAAGUUUUUUUCCUUGAAAUCGAACAGAAUUCGUCAAUAAAAAAGCAAAGGAAUCUUUUGAAAACACCCAUUAUUUUUUUAUUUAGUUUUCUCGGCUUCGUUGAUAAUGUGAUUCAUUGUUUUUCAUUACGUUGGAAAAAUUUUAUUGCGUUUGCCAUAAAAUUUGAACGACUUUGACAGCAAAAAGACGUUUUUUCUGUGAAAAUUUUCCGAAUAUGACUUACUUUUCACAUUAUUUCACUGUAAAUCUCGUUAUUUUUUUAAAAUUGUAUUUUUCAAGCUUGAAUCUUUGAAAAAAACGGAAUGAAUGUUCGUGUUUGUUUUUUUAUUGGAUAAAAAUGAUAAGAGGUCAUAAUUGUUUUUAAAGUCAUUUUUGAGAAGUUUUUCUGCCUCAUUUUGCUGAAAAGGACGAUUAUAAACGGUCAUAUAUUUCAUUCACGAAGAAAUUUGCGUUUUUAUUCUGAGUUCAUCGUUCAAAACUUUGCUUCGUUUGCCCAUUGACUAUAAAUCUCGACUCGGCGGAUAAUCUUACAGAUGAGUUCAAAAGCCCAACGGGAUUAUCCGUUACACUGGGCCGUCUACGCCAAUGAUUUCCGCGGGCUUUCGAAAUUGCUCAGCGGAGAAGAAGUCGAGUGUGAGAAAUUGGACUGUCGGGGCAGGUUUCAGACGAAAAUUUGGAGGAUUUUUGAUAAAUAUUGAUGAAUUAGGACACCAUUGAUGCUGGCAGUGACGAUGGGACAUACGGAAUGUGCCAUGAAGCUCUUGAAAUACGGCGCAAAUCCCGAUGCUCACAAUAAAGGUGAAGCGCAUUUUUUUUUUGAAGCUUGGUAGGGUCUAAAAAUACUAGAUUUUGUGCUGAUUCCAAAAAUACCCUACUCGCCCGUUUUUAUCCCGAUUUCGACCCGAAAAAAUCGGUUUGAAGUACCGAAUUUCCGACCCAAGAACGCAUAAGAAAAAAAUUUUUUUCAGAACAUCAAUUUUUAAAAAUCUUAAAAAAAUACAAGAUUUUUUUUGCUGAUUCCAAAAACUACCCUAUUCGCCCGUUUUUUUCUCCUGUUUUUUUGACCCGAAAAAAAUUGGUUUGAAGUACCGAAUUUUCGGCCCAAAACGCUUUAGGAAAAAUUUUUCAAAACAACAAAUUUUAAGAUCUCAAAAAAUACAGGAUUUUUUUGCGGAUUCCAAAAUUACCCUAUUCGCCCGUUUUUCUCCCGAUUUUGACCCGGGAAAAAUGGUUGGAAAUACCGAAUUUCCGGCCUUUCCUUCACGUCCCUCGACCUCAAAAACGCUUUGGGAAAGCUUUUUCAGAACAUCAAAUUUUAAGGUCUCAAAAAAUACAGGAUUUUUUUGCGGAUUCCAAAGUUACCCUAUUCGCCAGUUUUUCUCCCGAUUUUGACCCGGAAAAAAUGGUUGGAAAUACCGAAUUUCCGGCCUUUCCUUCACGUCCCUUGGCCUAAGAACGCAUAAAGAAAAUUUUUCAAAACAUCAAACUUUUAGGUUUCAAAAAAUACUAGAUUUCUUGCUGAUUCCGAAAAUACCCUUUUUUUGCCCGCCAUUUUCCCGAUUUUGACUCAAAAAAAAUGGUCUAAAUUAGCCAAUGGGAAAGGGGAACUGAUCGAUCUAAAUAUUUGAAUGAAUGGACAGAUUUUAAUCUUAGCUGAUUUCAAUUUUAAUCAAACUAUCAUCUUUUCCUAGCAUUCGAGACAAAAUUUUUGCAGGAACGUGGUCAGUGAGCCAUGAGGCGACCUCCUUGGGCGACCGUGAACUCCUUCGCGAAGUUGUUCAUUAUCGUGAUCAUCGCCGUUCCACACAAGGGGCACGGGCCAUGAGGGACACUCUUAACAGACUCAAGGUCUAUCAGUGUUGGAAAAAUGGGAAAAAAGGAGUAAAAUCUGCUUUUGAAGGGUAAUUUUCGAUUUUCCUAUAGGAAAGCUCUGAUAAUCAGUUUUUUGCAACGGUUUUUCCAAAUUUUUUUUUCGGGUAAUCAAGUUUAUUUCAGAGAGAUACUGUCAACAGAUAUUCAGUCCAUUUUUAAAAGGAAAAAGUCGGAAAAUCAAUUUUUCCAAUUGAUUUCAAACUAUAAUUGGGGAAAAAAAAAGAAUAAAAUUAAGUUUUCUUGGAAAUUUUCAUGCGAUUUUUCAAAGCAAAAAAAGUCGAAAAAAAUCGAUUUUUUUCAACAAUCUUAGCUUUUGGUAUGAUAACGAGAUAUGAUAAAAAUUUUUAAAAUGAAGGAAAAUUUUAGGACUCGGCGGAUUUCUACUGUGAAAUGAGCUGGGAAUUCUCCAGCUGGGUCCCGUUUCUCAGUCAAUCUUGCCCUUCUGACACUUAUAAAGUCAGUUUUCAGUUUCUUCGGACUUCGGUUACUUUUCUGAGCAUUUCUAGGGAUCACUUAAGGGUUCUGAAGCCGCUAAAGUGGUCACUAGGAAGCUGUCUGAUCUCGGUAAUGCUAAACGGACGCGCCUCGAAAGUUCUUGGCAACUCUAGGGAUCACUUAAGGGUACUUAGGCCGCUAAAGGGGUCACUAGAAGUUUAGAAACGUCCGGUUUGAGUUACUGAAAUCGCCGCGGACAUUUCAGAGCAGUUCUAGGGAUCACUUAAGGGUUCUGACGUCGCUAAAAUGGUCACUAGAAAUGCUCAGAAACGUCCGGGGCGCGUCCGACUUGCGUUACCGAAAACUGAAUCAAGCAAAAAAUAAAAAUUUGAACUUCUAGAUCUACAAACAAGGAUCAAACGUCCGGAUCGACACGACUUUGGUCUCCUUCGAGGGUUCCCAUUGGGUUCGCGGCAAUCAAUCGAUAAUUUUCCGGGUUUCCGAGGGUUACGCUCAGUAUAUCACCUUGGAUCAUAUUGCCAGAACGGUGAGAGUCGGAAAAAUGAGAAAAAGCUUAAAUUUCAAUUUUUUGUUUUGUUUUUUUUUGAACAGUUUCACAUUUUCUAUGACCACCAAAAUAUGAGAAAAAUAGAUUUUUGAAAAAUUAUGAGAAAAUUAGUGAAAAUCGCAGGAAAAUUGAGCUAUUGAUUUUUCAGAAAUAUUUUAUCCUGCGAAAUUUUUUUUUUCAUGUUGGGCAAUCAUUGUAGUUCAUUAGACAGGAAUUAUUAAAUAUUUAUUUUGAAACAGGGAUCUAAUUUAAAUCAUAAAAAUUUCACUAGUUUCAAGUUUUUCGUGAUCAUUUUAAUGGUUGAAAAGUUGGUAUCGAUGAAUUUUUGAUCAUUUUUUUCGGGUUUCUGAGGAUUUCGCUAAAUAUAUCAUCUUGGAUCAUAUUGUCAGAACGGUGAAAAUCGUUAAAAACAGAAAAAAAAAAGCUGAAAAAGUUCGAAAAAGGAGGAAUUUUAUCGAGGAAAUAAAAAAAAUUUUUUUUGGCUUUUUUUUUUAGGGUGUUUUACACUUUGUAUGAUCUUGCAAUAAUAUAAAAAUGUUGAAAAAAAAUUAUUUGAAAAAAAAUGAUGUAAAAAUUAGUGAAAACCGCCGAAAAGUUGAUUAUUUCAUAGUUAGGAACCACCAAGUGGUCCCUAGAGUGGUCAUUGGAGUUUUCCUCUCUAGGGACCACUUUUCCUCCCUUGAAACUUGCAAGUGGGCAUUCUAGGGGAGCUCUAGAUGACCCUAUAUGUCUUUUUAACACGUGUUUUUUUUACCUUCCAAGUCAGAAAAAAUUAUUCAAAGAACCCUACAGGGACCACUCAAGCUUUAGGGGUUUAAGGUCAGACCCUGGACCCCUAUAGGGACCUCCUAAACUUUACCUCUUCAGGGAGCACUUUUUUGUCUCCUAUAGAGGUUUUUUUGUUCCAUAAAACCUCUAGGGACCACUCUGGCGUUCCUAAGUAGCUUUCAUUUUUCAAAUAUCUUAAAAUUCUGACUUUUUGAUUUUUCAGGCUAUAACUUUGUAUUGAUUGACAGGAUAUUUAUUUUUUUACAAGGUUAAAGUUCAAUUCAAAAAAUUAUUCAUAGGAUUUUCGAGGGUUUUGUGAUCAAUUUAGUGUUAGAAAAAUCUCUGAAAUCGAUGAAUUUUGGAAAAAAAAAAAAAAAAUAGCCAAAAAGCUCAAAGAAAGACGUUGAAUAUAGCAUGUUAGUACUAAAAUAAGCUUCGUUUAUCGAACCUUUUCUAAAUAUUUACGCAUUUUGAGAAAUAUAUCAAACUACCUAUACUCUAUACUACGUUAGUUUGUCGAAAAAUUCAAAAAAUUAGUUGAUUUCCGAAAAAAAAAGGCCUUGGCACGAAUGGCGAGAGAUUUUACAGUAACCUGGGCUUUUUUGAAAACCAAUAUUCAACGGUCAAUAUGAAAUUACUUUUUUGGGAAUCCUUGCUUCGGGCCUGAAAUAUCACUUUCUAAGAGAAGUAGCCCCUAGAGGGGCACUUGAAGGCUCCCCUAUAGUGACCACUUUAAAUCGCCCAGGAGGCACUGAAGUUUGAAAAAAUGGUCACUUUAGGGGUUGUAGCAAGUGGCCAAUCUAGGGGAACUCGGACAUUUGAAAAAAUUAAAAAUUCCCCUUUAGGGACCACUUGAACUUCAAGGGCUCACAGGUCAAACCCUGAAUCCCUAUAGGGACCACUCAGAGUUUUCUCGUCUAAGACUCACUUUUUUGUCGCCUCGGGGGCUAUUUUUUUUUCUCUAAACCCUCUAGGGACCACUCUGUGUUUCCUAAAAGUUGUUUGUCUUGAGACCUUUUUGAUAUUUUUUUCCAUGCUCCUUUAAAAAAAUUUUUUUGACCAAAUCGUAUGAAUUUAAAAAAAUUUAAUUUUGGUAAUAAUGAUUCUUAACAUUCUGUAUUAAAGCUAUGAUUUAAAAAUAAAAAAAUUGAAACUCGAAGAAAUUUUUCACUAGGCAUCUUCCCAAAUCCUCCGCGACGACAUUGAAUUCUCAGAAUUCCGUCCUUCGAGUUCCUCAAUCGAUUUUUAGGUUUUUUUAUAGCAGAAAAAAAUGAUAAUUCUUCAUGAUUUUAAGACUUUCCACCCCAAUUUCGACGACUUUCAUCGAUGUCGACCAAAUUGGCUUCGAAAGAACAUCCAAGGGAUUUCUGUCGUGGUUCGGCGCCGGCGGAAACAAGGAAAAAAAGUCGAUAAUUAUCAGUGUCGGGUGCGUUUUUGGCCAAAAAAAUCGAUUGAAAUCGAGAAAUUCGGAAUAAUAAUGUGAAAAACGAUGUUCCUGCUUCAUAGAGUUCAUAUAAUGUGAUAUUAAAAAAUUUUUUUUGUUGUUUUUUGGGUAUAUUGUCGGUCAGUUGAUUGCUAUUUUCUCAAGUUUUCGAAUUUCGAAAAGGAUUUUGGAUUUUUUUGAGAUUUUUAAAAUGCACUUUUCUCUAAAUAAGACCAGUUUCGAAGUUUGAUUUUUGAAAAUCUGGUCAGUAAAAUUUCGAAAAUUUCUUUUUCCCAGAAUUUUGUUCAGUUUCACAAAAAAAAAUGCUUAUAGCUCUUUUUGAAAAUUUUUUUGUAUCUAAAUUUCAAUGAAAAACUACUGAAGUGGCAAGUAAAACGGAAAAUAGUGGCCACUAUAGAGGUGGUUUUUAGUGGCCACUUUAGUGUCAUCUCCAAGUAGUCUUUGGCGGGCCUCUAUAAUGGCCACUUUCUCAGAAUAUUUCAUUUUUUUGAAUCUUCAAAACUAACUACAUUCAGAAAUUCACGCAAUCUGAAGUCUCAAAAAAAUUUUUGAACCAAAAAAAAAAUAAAAAUUAAAAAAACGACCCAUUUUCCAGCAUUCUAAUUUUUCUUGAUGAUUUGUAUGAAUAUACGGAAUAUGAAUAUAUAGUCAAUGUUUCCCGACUUGAAAGGCGAGGGAGGCGGGGCAGGGGCGGGACGCGUAGCGUGUGCGUUCGCGGUCCUUGGCACGUGUUCAAUUCAACCGCCGCCGACUAUUUAAAAAAGCUCGGCAACCGCUCUUUUUCAAUGUUUUCUACUACUUUUUGAUGAAAAUAUGAACAUAAUCAAUAAAUAAAUGAAAAAGGAAUGAAAAGAGCGAUAAAUAAGCUCUCUGAACGCUCGCUGGCUUUCGAAUUGAACUCGUGCCAAGAACCGCGUACGCACACGCUACGCGUCCCGCCCCCUGCCCCGCCUCCCUCGCCUUUCAAGUCGGGAAACAUUGACUAUACGAAAUAAUGUUUUUCCAGGUUUUGAACGCCUCGAAUGUACAGUUGGUGACAAAAAAACGGGUCGAACACCUUUCCGAGGAAGAAAAAACGCGAUUGAAGCAGGUGAUUUUUGAUGGAAAAUGAUCGUUUUUUGAGUGAAUUUCCGGUUUCAAUGAGAAGAUGAAUAGAAAUUCUCGAAAACGCGUUUAUUAUAUGUCUUGUGAAAUUCCGAUUUUUAGCGGUCUUUUUUAAAAAUAUUUGAAGUCUGUUAUUUCAUUUUUCUACUGGAAACUGUACUGGAAUGAAUUUUAGGCCUAAUUAUUUUUAUUUGACAUGAAAUUGAGACGUAAAAAAUAGUGUUUAACAAGAUUUGAGUGAAUUUUUUGGCGAAAUUUACAGAAAAAAGGGAAUUUAUGAUCAAUUGGUGAUCAUUUUUUUGAAAAAUUAGACUUUGAAAAUGAUAAAAUCAUGAAGAAAUAUGCACUUUAUAACCGUUAAAACUAUAAAGUUUACCAAAAAACUGUUCAAAAAAAUUGAAAAAAAUAGGAAAAAAAUAUCCCCUUUAUUAUAUGCUAAAAAGAUGAUUUAUAAGCAUUUUUUUGGCGUAAAAUUGAAAAAUUUUGGAGGAAAAAGUGAUUUUUUUCGAUUUUGGAGUUCUUUCCGUUAAAUUUUUUUGGUUUAGAUUUUUUUUUAGGUUGACUUGAAACUGGAAUAAUUUAUAGUGUUGAGUAAUAUUUGAGAUUAUUUUUGGGAAGAAAAGAAAUUUUAGAAAAAAAUUUUAUUGAAAAUCAAGCUUUAAAAUAUUAAUAAGUAUGAUUUUUGAAACUGGUAACUCCUUUAAAAUUCUCCAAAAACUGUUAGGAAAUUCAAAAAAUCUGAAAGAAAUAGUCAUCACCUCAUGUGCGAAAUGGGAUUUGAGAGCAUUUUUGGUGAAAAAUGGAAAAUUUCAGGGAUUUUUGGAACAUUUAGCAGCUGAAAUUUUUGAAAAUUAGACUUUGAAACUUUUAAAAUUCUGAAAAAUAUACUCUAAAACACCCUGGAAAUUCCCAAAAGUCUGAAAAAAGCCAUUUUGAAGAAACGUCCGACUUUUAAAACAGUCCAAAACCCCUCAAUUUGAAGGAAGAAACGGCCUCGUCGAAGGCGAUUUCAAGCCUUCUGAAAAUGUUCCAAUCGGAACGGACCGAUGAGCGAACUACACACGAUUUGCUCAAAGCCGGACUCACCGCCGACCAAUAUUUCGAUCCCGAUUACGAAUUCGAAGCCGAGACGGAUAUUGGUUCGGAAAAACGGGAAUGUAGUAUAAAUGAGGAAUUUCAGGCCGCCCGAAAGAUAUCACGACAAAAUCCAAUGCUUUCAAGGCUUCCCUGUGGAUGGCGGAUGAUUACCCACUGUCUUUACAGGUACCAGAGGGGUCCCUAGAGGGUUUAGGAGGCAAGCUAUAGGGGCGUCCAGGGUUGCUUCAGGUGGCCUUUAGAGCAACCAAAUAGUUCUGUCUGAAGCUUUAAGUUCGAAGUGGUCCCUAUAGGGGCACAAGUUCGGACCCCGCAAGCUUCUAAAGCCCAAGUAGUCCCUAGAGGGUUUAGGAGGCAAGCAGUCCCUAUAGGGGCGUCCAAGGUUGCUUUAGAUGGCCUUUAGAGAGAAAUAGUUCUGUCUGAAGCUUUAAGUUCGAAGUGGUCCCUAUAGGGGUACAAGACGGACCUCGCAAGCUUCUAAAGCCUAAGUAGUCCCUAGAGAGUUUAGGAGGGAAGCAGUCCCUAUAGGGGCGUCCAAGUUUGCUUUAGAUGGCCUUUUAGAGAGACCAAAUAGUUCUGUCUGAAGCUUUAAGUUCAAAGUGGUCCCUAUAGGGGCACAAGUUCGGACCCCGCAAGCUUCUAAAGCCUAAGUAGUCCCUAGAGGGGCUAGGAGGGAAGCAGUCCCUAUAGGGGCGUCCAGGAUUGCUUCAGGUGGCCUUUAGAGCAACCAAAUAGUUCUGUCUGAAGCUUUAAGUUCGAAGUGGUCCCUAUAGGGAUAUAAUCUCUAAAGCCCCUAAAGCCUGAGUAGUCCCUAGAGGGGCUAGGAGGGAAGCAGUCCCUAUAGGGGCGUCCAGGACUGCUUCAGGUGGCCUUUAGAGCAACCAAAUAGUUCUGUCUGAAGCUUUAAGUUCGAAGUGGUCCCUAUAGGGGCACAAGUUCGGACCCCGCAAGCUUCUAAAGCCUAAGUAGUCCCUAGAGGGGCUAGGAGGGAAGCAGUCCCUAUAGGGGCGUCCAGGAUUGCUUCAGGUGGCCUUUAGAGCAACCAAAUAGUUCUGUCUGAAGCUUUAAGUUCGAAGUGGUCCCUAUAGGGAUAUAAUCUCUAAAGCCCCUAAAGCCUGAGUAGUCCCUAGAGGGGCUAGGAGGGAAGCAGUCCCUAUAGGGGCGUCCAGGACUGCUUCAGGUGGCCUUUAGAGCAACCAAAUAGUUCUGUCUGAAGCUUUAAGUUCGAAGUGGUCCCUAUAGGGGCACAAGUUCGGACCCCGCAAGCUUCUUAAGCCUAAGUAGUCCCUAGAGGGGCUAGGAGGGAAGCAGUCCCUAUAGGGGCGUCCAGGAUUGCUUCAGGUGGCCUUUAGAGCAACCAAAUAGUUCUGUCUGAAGCUUUAAGUUCGAAGUGGUCCCUAUAGGGAUAUAAUCUCUAAAGCCCCUAAAGCCUGAGUAGUCCCUAGAGGGGCUAGGAGGGAAGCAGUCCCUAUAGGGGCGUCCAGGGUUGCUUCAGGUGGCCUUUAGAGCAACCAAAUAGUUCUGUCUGAAGCUUUAAGUUCGAAGUGGUCCCUAUAGGGGCACAAGUUCGGACCCCGCAAGCUUCUUAAGCCUAAGUAGUCCCUAGAGGGGCUAGGAGGGAAGCAGUCCCUAUAGGGGCGUCCAGGAUUGCUUCAGGUGGCCUUUAGAGCAACCAAAUAGUUCUGUCUGAAGCUUUAAGUUCGAAGUGGUCCCUAUAGGGGAUAUAGAUCUCUAAAGCCCCUAAAGCCUGAGUAGUCCCUAGAGGGGCUAGGAGGGAAGCAGUCCCUAUAGGGGCGUCCAGGGACUGCUUCAGGUGGCCUUUAGAGCAACCAAAUAGUUCUGUCUGAAGCUUUUAAGUUCGAAGUGGUCCCUAUAGGGGUACAAGAUCGGACCUCGCAAGCUUCUAAAGCCUAAGUAGUCCCUAGAGGGGUUUAGGGAGGGAAGCAGUCCCUAUAGGGGCGUCCAAGUUUGCUUUAGAUGGCCUUUAGAGAGACCAAAUAGUUCUGUCUGAAGCUUUUAAGUUCGAAGUGGUCCCUAUAGGGGCACAAGUUCGGACCCCGCAAGCUUCUAAAGCCUAAGUAGUCCCUAGAGGGGCUAGGAGGGAAGCAGUCCCUAUAGGGGCGUCCAGGAUUGCUUCAGGUGGCCUUUAGAGCAACCAAAUAGUUCUGUCUGAAGCUUUAAGUUCGAAGUGGUCCCUAUAGGGGUACAAGACGGACCUCGCAAGCUUCUAAAGCCUAAGUAGUCCCUAGAGAGUUUAGGAGGGAAGCAGUCCCUAUAGGGCGUCCAAGUUUGCUUUAGAUGGCCUUUAGAGAGACCAAAUAGUUCUGUCUGAAGCUUUAAGUUCGAAGUGGUCCCUAUAGGGGCACAAGUUCGGACCCCGCAAGCUUCUAAAGCCUAAGUAGUCCCUAGAGGGGCUAGGAGGGAAGCAGUCCCUAUAGGGGCGUCCAGGAUUGCUUCAGGUGGCCUUUAGAGCAACCAAAUAGUUCUGUCUGAAGCUUUAAGUUCGAAGUGGUCCCUAUAGGGAUAUAAUCUCUAAAGCCCCUAAAGCCUGAGUAGUCCCUAGAGGGGCUAGGAGGGAAGCAGUCCCUAUAGGGGCGUCCAGGGUUGCUUUAGGCGGCCUUUAGAGGACCAAAUAGUUCUGUCUGAAGCUUUAAGUUUGAAGUUGUCCCUAUAGGGGUACAAGACGGACCUCGCAAGCUUCUAAAGCCUAAGUAGUCCCUAGAGGGGCGUCCAAGAUUGCUUUAGGUGGCCUUUAGAGGGACCGAAUAGUUCUUUCUGAAGCUUUGAGUUUGAAGUGGUCCCUAUAGGGAUACAAGACGGACUCCCCAAGCUCCUCAAGCCUAAGUAGUCCCUAUAGGGGUCUUCUAAUUUUUUUUUCUUCUGGUUUGAUAGUUGAAAAGACGUGUAUGGAACUAGCAUACUCCCCUUAGAGAGGCUACUAAUUGAAACCCUGAAGUGGCCGCUUUAGGAAAGGUGAAGUGUUCCCGAAAGGGAAAACUUUGAGAGAUUCCACUCCGGAGUUUUUAAGUUGAGAAUUUGAAAAAACUUGCCUGAUAAUUUCAUGUUUCAAAAAAUCUAGAUAAUCUUUUUCUCGAAAAUAAUAUCGUUUUACGAACAUGUAUAAAGCCCAAAAAAAAAAAUAGGAAACAAAGUUCGGAACGCCAGAGUGGACACUAGAGCGGCCCCUGAAGAUUACCCUUUAGGGGUCACUUUAUCUAAAGCUUGCAAAACGCGCCACUUUAGAGAAUUAUUUUAUAGUAACCAGACGCAUUUUCAUGCGAAAAGAAAAUCAAUAAUUGGAGUUAUCCGAAUGAAAAAUUCUAGAACCCUAUAGGGAGCUCUUAAUGUUCUCUAUAGGAUUAUUUUGUUCCCCCCAUCCCUCUAGGGACCACUCUAAACCAAAAAAGUCAUCCCUAUAGUAGAUUUUUUUUUCCAGGAACAAGUGGUCCCUAUAGUAGAAUUUUUCCAGGAACAAGUGGUCCCUUUAGAAUUUUAAUAAGCAAGUGAUCCCUAAAGUAAAUUUUUUUUUCAGGAACAAGUGAUCCCUAUAGUAGAAUUGAUGGCGUCGAGCAAUCCCCAUUUUGCUCGUCUGCAUAAUUUCAUCCGGCUUCAGUUGCCGGCCGGUUUUCCAGUCAAAAUUGGUAGUUUUCUAGAUUUUCUGGAACAGAAAAUUAAUAAAUGAUGUUCAGAAAUCCCACUUUUCCAUGUGAUUAGCGCGAAAAUCAGUUUUUUGAACGUGAACGAGCCGGGUCCGUACGUUGUUCCACUUGAAACGAUGGUGGGUUUUCAUUUUUUUGAAAAUUUUCAUAUUUUGGAUCUUGUAACAAUCUAGAAGAGCUGAUUUCCUAUUUUUUAUAUUAAAUUUAAAGCGUUUAAUAAUAGAAAAAUAUUUUGAAAAGUACUAGAUCAAAAAAAAAUCCCUGAAAAAGAAAAAAUGGCGGGAAAAUUUUUUGAUAGAUCAAAUUUUACGGCCUUUUUUAAAGAUAGGCUGUCUUUUUUAUCAUUAUUUUUUUUUCAUUUCUAUAAUUUAUUUUGCCUGCUUUUUUGUACAAAGGCAAAGUCGGAAAAGGUGGAAAAGGGUCCUCAAAAAUGUACCUUUUAAGGUAACAAAGGGUCCUUUUUUGGUGCCUUUUUGCUCCAUUUUCUCGGCCCUUGUGCACCCUUUUUGCUGCUUUUCCCUCUCUUAAACCAUUUCUCAAGCCUUUAAAAUACCAGAAAAAUGGAUGGAUCGAUAUAGGGACCCUUUUUGCUGCCUUUUUUGGCUUUUUUUGCGGCCUUUAAAAUCACAGAAACUUUGUCCCCCUGUAAGGUGAGUUGAACUGGCGCCAAAACGCGUCGCGACCGCAUCGCAUGCGAACCGGAGAAAAUUGGAAUUUUGAUACGUUCAGAGCGACUUCAAGACGGUUUCCGUGGCGAUUGACGACGCGGUUUUCGAAAUUCCCGCCGGAUAUAAUAUUGUCGACGACGAAUCGGCUUUAAAUAUCACCUGGAAUGAUGAUGAGCCUGGCCGAUCCGGUGCUAGCCGAAGUUUGUUUCAAUUUUAUUCUCUUUAGGUUUUUUGAAUGCUCUUCGAAAAACCUUUCUUUAAAAAAAAAAGUCCAUUUCGUAGAGCUUUUUGUCGUUAAAAAAAAUGCACAAAAGUCUUUUUUUUAAAACAAAAAUUGAGUUCGAUUUGGCGCCGAAACAGUUUGGUGCAAACACUUUUUGCUUACCGUAACCUAUUUUUUUUCGCCAAUUAAUAUUCCUUUUUUUCAAAAUUUUUUCAAUCGAAAGCUUUCAUGACGGAGAGAAAAUUUCAAUCGGGGAAAAAUAACAAAAAAUAAGCUAAUAUAGACGCUUUAUCCAUAGAGCAACUUUGCUCGGGAAAAAUAGUGAAUUUCUCAAAAUUUUAGGUAGUUUUUUGAUGCAGAAUAGAGAGAUUUAAAGUAGAUUUCAAUAAAUCAGGUCUCGAUUUUUAAAAGCUUUUAAAUGGAAGUGAUUUCCUAGGUUUGGUACUGGGUAAUGUUUGUAAGCUUUAAAAAUAUAUAAUUUUUUUGCCAGUCAUGCCCGACGAGGAUCGGCUCCUCCAGUUGGCGAUAGAGCAAAGUUUGCGAGAUUCCCGAGAGGCGGGUCCGUCGGCCUCCGUCACGGACGAAGAACUGGCCCGAGCCCUUCAGGAACAGUAUAAUCGGGCGGCGGCGGCUCCGGUCGACGUCCGGCAGCAGGUUGGGACUUUGGGGCUUAUAUUGAUUUUUGGGGGAAAAAAGGCAUUUUGGACGCUUUAGAUGGCUUGAAGGCUGAAUAUAAGCAAAAAUAGCUGCAAAGACUUGAAAAAAUUGAGACUAGAAAAUAUAUAAAAUUGAGAAAUGAUUAGAAAAAAUUUGAUGGUUCAUGUGAGAUCUCGGAAUGUUUAUAUAAGGAAUCCUUUAAGAGUAUUCCAUUAUUCGACUGUAUUUCAAUCUUUAAACGAUUUGGUCGCACGUAGAUUGACUCAAAAACGUCGCGGUCGCGUGGCGGUUCCCCUUGCUCAAGUCAUAAGUCGCGCAAGUCGCUUUUAGUCGGACGCAUUUUGAGAGUCGGAAAUUCCAAUGACGACCAUAAGCAUUUCUGAAUGACGUCAUUCAAGAACAUCAUUUUUCCCUGCCGCACUUGGAAUGGCUCAACGAUUAUGAUCUCGCUACUUUUCGGUAAUUUCAACCGCUACGCAGCCGUUACGCGUUGAGCCAUUUAAUAGACGAUCACAGGAAAAAAUCCUUACUUUUACAAAGAAAAGAUGUUCGGGUCUCACUUCUUUAUGAACUAAAAUACCUCUACAAGGAAAUAAUCUAAAUUAUCUACAGACAGUUCUGCAACGUAAAAAACAUGUCUUGUCCUUCGUUUUGAAAGGCUAAAUAUAUUGAUUGAAGCCUUAGUAAGUCACCUUGUGGGAAAGAAUCAAGUCCUGUUGAAGGAAGAAGAAGAGUUGCGAGAGGCGAUCCGUCGCUCGGAAAUGGAUGCGGCCUUGGUUCGCGAUGAGAACGGAGUGGACCGCGAACUUCAGCUCGUGCUGGAGAUGAGCAAACUUUAUCAGUAA